CGGCGGACGACAUGCGCUUCCCCCAUCCUCGCACUUUCUCUUCUUCACUCCUCCGCAAACUAACCGUCCAAGUUUCGGUAACGCAUAGCUAAGUCGGCUCGAAAUGGCUCUCGACAACAUCGCUUUCUUCCUUGGUGCCUUGACGGCCGGCGGCGGCAUCACAGGCUACGUCCGCACCGGCUCCGUUCCCUCCGUAGCUGCCGGCGUCACCGUCGGCGCGCUGUACGGCCUCGGCGGCCUCCGCAUCCGCAACGGGCAGCCUUACGGCGUCGAGCUCGGACUUCUCGCCUCCGUCGUCCUCGCAGGCUCCUCGAUCCCCAGAGCUAUCAAGUCCGGCAAACCUGUCCCCGUAGGCCUCAGCCUCGUCGCCAUAUUCGGUCUCUACAACUUCGGUUCUGCUUUCCUCGCCGCAAGGAGAUAAGGAGACAUAGUUGUCGCCAUGGACACUGUUAUUUGAACAGCAAAAAUUCAAAAUAGUAAUGAAAAAGGAUUGUAGUCUGACGGA